AUGCAGCCCCGGCCGCUCAGGAUCCCCUUGUCCUUGCAGGGGUUGCUCGCUGUCAUCCAAAAGCUCAAGGGCUCCGUGGAGCAGGAACUGCGGAUUGUCCUGCUGGGGCUGGACAAUGCCGGAAAAACCACGCUGCUGAAGUGCCUGGCAUCGGAGGAGGUCAGCACCAUCACCCCCACGCAGGGGUUCAACAUAAAAAGUGUGCACUCACACGGCUUCAAGCUGAACGUCUGGGACAUCGGUGGGCAGCGUGCCAUCCGCCCCUACUGGAAGAAGUACCUGGGCAACACAGACAUGCUGAUUUAUGUCAUUGACAGCGCUGACAAGAAACGCUUUGAGGAGACCGGGCAGGAGCUGGCGGAGCUGAUCGAGGACGAGAGUCUCACCGGUGUCCCUUUGCUGGUGUUUGCCAACAAGCAGGAUCUGGCAAGUGCAGCACCAGCUGCAGAGAUCGCAGAGGGACUGAACCUACCUACGUACCGGGACCGCCAAUGGCAAAUCCAGGCCUGCUCAGCCCUGUCUGGAGAAGGAGUCCAGGAUGGGAUGAACUGGAUUUGCAGCCAGAUCACAAGCCGGAAGAAGUGACUGAAUCGAGCUGCAGUUCGCACAGCCAUGCUCACCAGCUCCCCGAGAUUCCCAGCAGUUGGCCCUCCCUGGACCCCCAGCCACAGGCUGCUGAGCUCAAAGGGCCUUUGCCGGCCAAGUUCUCAUUGCUCAUCAGCUUCUCUGGAAUUCCUCACCCUCCUGG